UUAGAAACGCAGAUGUUUUGACAAGAUAGAAAUCAGCUGUGUGUUGAACUGAAUUAGUACAUGCGUAAUUUGUUGAAUACUGAAUUUAGUGAAAGGAAAAUCGCAUAAAAUAAGGUGUGAACAAAAAAAUUUGAUGAAGUUGUUUUAGUAGUUUAGUACAAAGAAGCGAGAUAUAUUAGAAAUGAAUUCGACAUAUGGAGAUUGCUCAAAACCUAAGAAGUCUAAGACUUCAGAAGAAUUUGCCUUUGCUUCAUAUUGGGCACAUUUACCGUCUCUCAUCUUAUGUGACAUUUUUGAUUUGUUAAGCAAAGAGGAUAGGCGAAAUGCAUCUGCAGUGUGUAAGAAUUGGAGACAAAAUAGUUUCCAUCCCAAGUGGUUUCAUUCAGUAACAUUUAGGAUCGAACAACGUAAUUUAGAAAGAGCCAGAUUUCAAAUAUACACCUUUGGUAGCAUUGCUUCAGAAAUCAAGAUAAUAUUAAAUUCAUUGUCAUAUGAAUGUGUUGAAGAAUUUAUGCAUUUGUUAGAAGAAAUGCAAAAAAAUAAUAACUUGAAAAGUUUUAUUAUAGAACCAACACAUUGUCGACUUGAAGUGCCAGUAAAACAAAAUAGAUACAUUGAUGAAUACAAAGAAAUAUUGAAAUUAUUGAAGAAUUGUUUGUCGAAACUUAGAAAAUUCAGUAUCGGUUGCUUAGAGAAUUUUUCCUUACAACUUCAAGAAUUAUUGGAAUCGCUUAAUCCGUCUCUUGUAACCCAUCUAGGUUUAGCUAGUGUUAAAGAUAUUCCUUUGAAACAAGAAGGUGGUUGUUUUGAUUCUAAGCUAAUUACCCGUUUUACAAAACUAGUAAUUCUAAGUGUGGAUUACGAUCAAAUAUCCGACGAUUUUCUUUCAAAAUUGGAUGGUGCGACGGAAUUAGAACGAUUAGUAGUACACAUUCAUGCAGUUCGUAGAAAUCAUCCCAACACCACGAACAAAGCUUGGAUCGAUUUUAGCGACAAACAUCCAAAUUGUGAGCUUCGAUUGGCAUUUAUACAUGCUUUUAGGGAUAUUAGAAACAUUCACGAAACUGUCAUGAGGUCUGCCAUGCCACUUUCUCACCUUAAAGUAUUCUUCUGUGAACAAAUAAAUAUGCAACUUAUAGAAGGUCUUACCCAAUACUCGGACACAUUACGUAGUGUAAUUUUGGUAGAUUCUUUGAGCGACAACCACAGCAGUUGGUCAUUGAUAAAACCAUGGUACGACGAUAGUCCUGAUCCUUUCGUAUUAACAGCUUGGUUAUGCAAACGUCUGGAAGAAUUGGUAUUAUUUGGUUACAAAUAUUCGCAUGAAAAUUUAAUUGCUAUUGGUAGACUACGGGGUCACACAUUAAAAAGACUGGAUAUCGCAGAAGUAGAUGUGUGUAUUGAUGAUAAAAAAACGAGAGAACCUUUGAAUUUAAAUAUUCCACAUAGCAGAAUUAAACCAUGGAGACCUUUGAAACGGUCAGAACUACACCCAGUAGUGCGCAGUGCUACAGCAGGUGAUUCUGACGAAUAUCUAUUGCCGCUAGUCUUAGCAGACCUCAACUAGUUAAGGAGAACUUCAAACAUUCGUUUUGAUCCAGCAUAAAUUUAUAUUUAUUUUACAUUGUUUUGGUCUUCUAUUUAUAAAAAGAAUGCAAAGUAGUUCUCACAAUUACAGUGUAUUUAUGCGUUCGUAUUGAUUGGUUUAGUCAAAAGUUGAAUUUUUUAGUGAUUAUAUUUACAGACAAAUAUAAACUUAGAAUAUUGCUGUGAACGAUGUAAAGAUCUCGCUUAUGAUAUUAGAACAAAUUUUUAAUCCAGAACUGAUUUAAAUAAUGUUUGGGAACAAUUUACAAAAACUGAUAUAUCAUCGAGAAGGAGUUACAUAAAUUUAAAUAACUGUUAUGCCUAAAGUUACCACUACCUUAAUUUGAUUACAGCUAUUUAUAAAUUUUUUAUGAUUUUCCUCUAAUUUACUUUUGGAUUGUUCCAACUUUUUUUUUUUACUAGGCUUCGCUUUUCUAUUUCAGAAUUGAUUUCUACUAUCUUAAUUUGUUUCAUAAUAAUUUUAAUAACAUAUAAUAAUAAUAAUAAUAAUUUUAAUUAUCUUUAUUUUUUUAUGUCUGUCUUAUGUUUUUAAAGUUAUGUUGAUUAUUCUGUUUACCAUCGGGACAUUUGAACUAAUUUUUCGUAAAUUUAAUAUACCACCAAAAUACUUCUUCCGAUGAUAUUUUAGUUAAUUAUGAUGAACAAAAUAUUCAAAUAUAUGUUACGGGUCAGAAGAUUUUGAAAAAUUGUUCUCAAACAUGCCAUAUAAGACUUUUUGAAUGUAUCGCUAAAAAAAUUAACUGCUUGACUGUUUCUUUUUGGACAAAACUGUCUGAACAAGUGAAUGAUUGUAUAGUUUUAAAUAAAAUUAUGUUAGCUUAAGCUCAAAGAGCUGAUAUAAAAACUUUGCACAUUCCAACAAGAAUAUCCCAAAGUGCAAAGUCUGACAUGUUUCAUUAACAAAUGAAAAAUAGAGAUAAGAAUUUAAUGGUUUAAGGAUAUUGAUCGAAUCAAAAAAAUCCUUGUAGGUUUUAUGAUAUUCAAUUUGAUACAUUACAAAAAUGUAUAUAUGAAAGGGUUUAAGAGCACGAUUUUUUUAGGGGUGUACUAGAAGUAUCAUUGUAAGUUUUAUAGAUUUUUUUCAUUAUUUUUACCAAAUCAGACAGUAUGAGCUUCAAUUUUAUAUAAAUUAAUAAUUUAGGGUAAUAAGCAAAUUCCAAAUACCUUUUAUUAACUACUUUGACUUUUAAUUGUACCAUGAUAUUAACCAAUUUGCCUUAUAAGUAUCCAAUUUAAUGUACUUUGCUUCAAACUAUCAGCUCUAAUUAUUAUUUUGAACUAACCUCCAGAACUAAAUUGGAAUUUCUGCACUUGUUAGUGGAAUACAUACUAUAAAGUCAUAAUUACAUUGUUUGGUUCUUCGAGCCGGAUAUGUACCAAAAACCUAUGGAAACUUUGAAGUACCAGAGUGUAAAUAUUGGUAUAAUUGUAAUAAAAAUUGUGUUCAGUACUAACUUAGGAAAAUAGGUGCGACCCUAUUCAUUUAUUGUAUAAUAUAAUCUUGUAGAUUCGAUCAUGUUUCUGAAACCAGAAAAUAAAAACAAAACAUCUGUGAUAUUGAAAAAUAAAAACUUAACUGAAAAGCAAACGUAACAACGAUCGAUAUUUAAACAUUGAAGAUUGUUGCCUGUUUAACAACUUCAAACAAAAAGUUUCGAACAUAAAUAAAAAAAUUGCUUUUCUUUUGACCAAAAGUUAGAUUAUAAUGCAGCUUAUUCUUAUGAUCCGUUUGUUGUGAUGAACAUUUUCCAUGAUGUUUGAUAUUGUUUAAAAAUGUAAAUGUAUUUAAUUUAUGUUAUUCGUGCAGUACUACAAAUAGAGUUCCUCAGAUAUUCAUAUUCUAGAAAUAACGCAUUGUGUAAUAUGCAGAUCAAACUAAAUUUUAGGAGUAUUAAAAAGUAGGUAUUUUUGAUUAAUUUUGGCACAAAUAACUUAAUUUUUCCUAUAUUAUUAAUUGUUUAUAUAUAGUCCAUUAUAAAUAGCAAUUUUAAAAGUUUAUGAAAAAGACUUAUGUGCAAUUUAUAAAAGGAGGUUCUGGUCUUGUAUAUUGAAAGCUGGGGUAAAAAGUAGUCUAUUUUACUAGGAUAUUUUUUAACCUCUGUGUUUGAAAUACGUUUUAGUAGAAUUUUGAGUUUUAGUUACUGUAAAGUUGCCGGAAGCUGCUUGGUAUGUUAUUUUUAUCCUUUUGCUUAUUAUUUCAUCUAAUUUUUAUAUUUUAAAUAAUAUAUAGGAUGGUAAAGGAUUCGAAGUAUUUGUUAUAGAAUUUUUAAAAGUUUUGUGUCAAAAUGUUUAAGCAAAAAUAUAACUGAAGUUACUGCAAAUUCCACAUCUGCUCCCCUCUAUCGUUUCCUACUACUCACUAGUUAACAUCAAAAGCUAUUAUAAAUAAUUCUCAAAUUAGGGAUUUCACAGUAUUAUGAUAAAAAAAAUAUAAAUAAGAUUGUGUAUAUUGAAAUAUUGACCGAAGACCAAUAUGUUUCAAGUCAGGUUGAUAAAAAAUGAAGAAAAUGUUAUAUUGCUUAUUUAAUGUGAAAGAAGACAAGGCUUAAGGUCGUACUCAAAAGUUUUACAAAGGAAGGCAGAUACAUAUUUUGCUUACAAAUCCAGAAAAUUUUGUUUACAUUAAAAGUAUGCUAACAUUUCUUAAUAAUUUAUUUUUCAAUGCUUAUCACCAAUUCUUUAAAGUAAUUUGAGAUGGAGAAUUUAAACCAAGUUGGAAUUUCUGGAAUCGUUAGUCACAUUCAUAUAUAAUUACACUAUCUAAUCCUUUGAGCUUUCUAUAAGUAUUUGAUUCACAUCCGGCUCGAAGGACCAGAUAGUGUAAAUAGUAUUAAAGUAGACAACAGUGUGUUCAAUAUGACUACUAGUAUUGGUGAAAUAUGAUAAAUAAAAUGCAAUGAAAUUUGUUGUAUUUAAGUUGGCGACAAAGUAAUUUCGGUUUUGUAGUAUAAAAUAAAACAAAGAAAAGUUUUUGUUCAGUUAUAUAUACUUUCAACUUCAUAUUUCCGCGCUCAUCAAAUUACUGGUUCUAAUCAGCAAAAAAAAAUAAACCAGGUGCGAUUGAAAGUCAUUGUCAUUUGUGAAAGUUUCACCAUUCAAAGAAUUCUGCAAAUUUCGAAAUAAUGGUAAUCAGUUGAUGCGGAUUAGAAGUAUAUGGAGGAUUUGGCCAGUCAAUCUCCAAGAGUUACCAAAGACAUGUGAGGCCUUGUAUUAUCAUGGUGAAACUCUAAACCUUUCCGAUUUGGCGAUUCUGACAGUUCUUUUUUUAUUGCUUCAUUAUUAAUUGUUGGCAGUAAACAUCAGAAUUGAUCGUUUGGUUCCUUGGAAGCAGCUCAAAAAACAGAACACCUUUGUAAUCCCACCAAGCUGACAGAAACGCUCUCUAUCAGUAAAAAGCGAAAGUACUUAGUUGCCAACCUUAUAGUAUUGUAUUGGUAUUGUCCACUCAAGUGUUUUAACAUAUUCUGUAGCACCAAAAAAUCCUUCUUGACUUAAAAUCUUAAAAUGUGUACAUAACUUUGAAGAUACCAUGUAUUUAGUUAUCAAAGUAGUUCUGAAAAAAAUUAUAUGAAUGUUAACAACAUUUUAUUUUUUUAAUUGUGUGUAUAAGUUUAUGUUUAUCAAAUUAUAAAAAUUAUAAAUGUCUGUAUAUCAUUAGAAUAGUUCAUAAUAAUUUUAGUUUAUAAAAUCUUCAGGACAAUACAACUUUAAAUUAACUGGAGAAGGCGAAUGUGAUAAUUAAACGAAUUAAAAUUAUUAUUAACUACAUUUUAUCUAGUAUUAAUAUCACGAUCAUAACCAAUGAAUAAAAUUUAUACGAAGAAUCCUUAAAUCAAUAUUUCGUUUUCGUUUAAUUUUAGGUAUUCUUUGUAUAAAAUACGUUCUGUUUUGUUCGUUUUAUAAAUCCAAAGUUUAUUGCUUUAAUGAACAUUGAAGGCUUUAAAAAAAAAUCAAAAAUAUUUUUUCUAUUUCUGACACGUAUUCAAAACGUCACUUGAACAAUAUAUAAUUGUAAUGAAACCACAACAAAAUUAAAAUACUUGCUUUCAUAUUAGUUAUGCUCUGUAUUUAAUCUUUUUAUACAAAUUAUAAACUAGUACAUUUUUUUUUGGUCGAAGGACAUCGUCCAUUUAGCCAUUAGCUACAAUAUAGAAGUUAUCACAAGUGAACCGAAUCUAACCAACCAUGCAUGUUGUCUGUAUCAAAUUGGAUGGAAUAAGAGUAUAGUUUCACACUUAGGGGUCGUUCAGGGUGACUAACUUAAAGUAAACCACGGUAAAGAUAGGAACAGCUCUCUAAGGCUCAGUAACAGAAGACCCGAAUCAAACUUGUAAAGGGGUGGAAUGAGAACCUUACAAUCAAACCCCCCCCCCACCCCAAAAGUUUAGAUUAUUUUAUUCAUUAGUAGACUUAAUCCUUAUGUAUCAUCAGCUAUAUUUAUUCUAAGUAUUUUAUGAUUUCUUUCUUUUUCGGUUUACCCACUCUAAAAAAGCUCUACAUGCUCCAGUCGUGUUAUUCCUUAUUCCCAAGUUUCCCUUACUUUAUUAAUUAGUCUGACUCAUCUUCUAGUUUGUCACCUCUGAAUAUUCCAAAUUUAAACUUUAAAAACUUGUUUCGGUUGUUUUACUUCUUUUGGAAAUCUUUUCAUAUGCGUCCUUAUUCGUUUUUGUUACUGAAUUAUAAGAUGUACAGAUAAUCAAUUGUAAAUUACUCAUACUCAUCAUCCUAUUUGACUACAAAGUAACUUUAGAUGGGUAUUACCUACUGGUUUCUCAAUUUUUAAUAGUUUGAAGAAUUUAUUUUGAAAAUUAUUUCUUUAAAUUUAAUCAAAUUUAAAUACCAAAGCUACUCAGAAUUUUUAAAUUCAUUUUAAGGGUUGUAUCUCCUAUAUGAAAGAGUACCUCUAUCAGCUGUAGAUUUUGGAUGACCUUAUACAUACAACUUUCAUUCUAUAUGAUAUUUUAUCAUUUCUUCUUCUUUUCCAAAUAUAUAAAACUACAGAGAAUUCAAUCAACUUCUAUUUUUAAGGCUAGUUUUCAUAAUAUUUUACAGAUUUUUCAUCUUUUUCAAAUGUAUGAAACUACAACUCAUAUUUUGAAGGUUAGUUUUCAAACCAUUUUUUCGAUUCUUCUUUUACAAAUAUAUAAAACUACAGAGCAACUGAUGUAAUUACUAUACUACUUGUACUUCCAAUCACUUCAACUAUUUGGUAAUAAUUUUGAAUAUAUCAUCUAAACUUUCAAAUACUUUGAAAAAACUGUGGGAUUAUAUGAAUUCUAGUGGCGAAUAUGCUUGAAAUAAUUUUGUGUCUCAAUAGAAAAAAUCUUAAUCAAAUGGUGUGAGAAUCUUUACAACAUCAAGUACCUGAAUAACAAGUGAUUAUAGCAAAACUUAACCUGCUAUUGUAAUUCAUAAACUAGUCCAAGAUAUUAGUAUUAUAACGAAAGAAUUAAAAGAAAUCUUCAUAUGUAUGAAAUGUGUGUGUCAAAAAUUAAUAUAAUACGUUCUUCGUACAAUAUAAACCUGUUAGUAUGAAUCUUGUCUUUUUCGAUAGAUAUUUUUUUAACAAGAUUUAUAUAAUACAAAUUUUCAGUAUAUACUUGGAACUUGUAGGUGUUUAGCCUUUUUAUACUCACUAUUACACUGUAUGGUUCUUCAUAUCCGGCUGGAAGGACCAGAUAAUGUAAUUGUGUUCUGUAGUGAGGUAGUUUUCGCAUAAUAUUGAUGUUCCAAAUAAUACCUAAAAUGGAGGUUUGUGUACGAAGAAUGACAUGAGAGAAUGUUGACAACAAUGUGUGUAACUCCAUCCACUUUCAAUAUAAAACUAUUCCAAAAAAUAUUAUAUAGUAAAAAUGGAGUUUUAAGAUAUGUCUGUGAUGAAAAAUAUACUCAUUGUUAACAGCGUACAUAUGUUUCAACACGCUGAAAAUUACAAUGUAGGUUUAAAACUACAAAGAUCCAUUCUAAUUAUCAUAAGAUAGUAUCUGUUAGCCCAGUAUGAAUAGGUAGUACUUAUCACUAACAUAUUACUAAAAACAAAUCCUCUUUGAAAUGGUAAUACAGUUUUAUAUCGUUAAUUAUAGUUUUCCAUCUUUGUUUUUUCUUUGCUAUAUUCUUAUGAAAUUUUGAUACUGUUAAAUCAUUUAAUUUAUUUAAAUUUGGAAUCUUUCUACUCAUCAAUUUUUUUGUUAAAGAAGUCAACUAACUGUCUAAUGGUACUAAAACAAUUUAUUAAUAAACUUAAUGAAUUAAUAAACCCCUGUUUUCUCCUCACCUACUCUGUUCAUUUCGUGUUGACACGAUCAAAAACCUUUUCAAAGUCCACAAACAUCAAAUGCAGGUUCAUUCUGUAUUCAUAGAUUUUUUUUAUUUGAAACUGAAUGGUACUAAAACAAUUUCUGCGCUUACAAGUCUAACAGGUAUUUAUCUUUUUUUUUUCUAUGGAAUAUAAUUACAAAGUGAGUGUUGCAAAUAGCUUUCUUUUCCGAAAAAGACAAUAAAAAAAGUGGAAAUAUAUCAAUGUUUUGUUAUAAAUUUUUGUCGAAAAUAAAGUAAUCAGGUCCAAAAGAAGUUUGGCAGCAUAUUAAUUUCAUAUGAGCUGAUUGUAUAUCUGAUUACUUUUAAAUAUAAAAUGUUUAUUUAAUAUUUGUGUAGUCUAUUUUACUAUUCAAAUACAGACUAAUUCAUUAAGUUUUGAAUUUUUAAAAAUACAAAUUUGAAAUUAGUCUGUAAAUUUGUUUUUAAAGGAAUCGACCAAAAAUGGUUAUUUAUUUUAAGUUAAACAUAUACCGGAUGGCCAUUACCAGAUACUGCCUUAAACAUUUGGAUAUAAAUAUUUAUUUUCACUUAUCAAUUAAUAUCAUUGAAUUAAUUUUACGUUUUUAUAAUGUUGAUGCAGUUUUCAUUAGGCCAUCCUGCAUUAUUUUUGUUGAUACCGUUUAGAAAUGUGCUUAAGUUUAAUAAUAUAGAUUUUUUGAACUUUUAA